AUGGAUGAUGAGCAAGAAAGAUUGUUUCCAAUUGCAAACGUGGGUAGGAUCAUGAAGCAAAUCCUUCCCCCAACAGCAAAGAUUUCCAAGGAAGCCAAACAAACUAUGCAAGAAAGUGCAACUGAGUUCGUAAGUUUUGUCACAGCAGAGGCAUCUGACAAGUGUCACAAAGAGAACAGAAAGACUGUCAAUGGGGAUGACAUCUGUUGGGCUUUGAGUACUCUAGGUUUUGAUAACUAUGCUGAGGCUAUAGUACGGUACUUAUAUAAAUAUAGACAGGCUGAAAGGCUAAAAGCUAAUCAAAACAAAGGUAAUAGUACUCCUGACAACCAUGAAGAAGAAUCAAACUAUAGAAGUGGAGGUCAACAUGGGAGGCAAACUGAGCUUCCUAUCCCAUUAGAGUUUAGAGUUAUGGAGAGGGGUGACAACUCUCAAGCAAGACCAUCUUGA